AUGAUUAGAUACCGAGGAGGGCCUCCGGGUAUGGAGUGGCUGCUUUAAUCACUUUCAGUGAACCGUGACAGUUUCAACAAGUCGUAGAAUAAAAAGGUGACGACUAAUUGUAACAUAAUGGAAUACAAGCACACCUUGAACCCGACCACCACCGCGAACCGAUCCCAACAAGAACAGCAGCAGCAGCAACAAUAUCUCCUCCAGCAGAAGCAAAAUCAGCAUCCCGAGCUUUGUCAGUACAGUCAGUGUCAGUGCCGGAGGAUGAUGCAAGCUUAGCAGCAUCCUAUCCUCAGUGAGCAAGAGCCGGAGGAAUACGCGAUUGCGAGCCAAAGUGAAAGAAGGGGGACACAGCGACGAGGCCGAGCGGCGUCGCAGUGCAGGAAAACCGGAGAUCUUCUACGCGAGAUAUAAAAGACUAUGAUUGGUAGGAGGUGCUGAGCAUCCCACCGAAAACGACCCGAGACCGCGACUUCGCUUAUCAGUAAAAAUCCGUUACAAAUCGGAGACACGGAAAAAUGCUACGAAACAUGCUAUCCCAGCCGGCCCAGCUGGGUUUGAUUACGGUGCUGCUGAUCGGUGCUCUGGUGGUUCCGUUCGGAAAAGCGGGCUGUCCUCCCCGGUGCCAGUGCGACGACGACACGCUGGAAGUGGUCUGCGGGGAAGGCCUGCUGGAUGUGCUUCCGAUUGUGCUGAACCCUUCCGUUCAGCGUCUGACAAUUAGAAACAACAAAAUUCGAGCCCUUGACUCGUCGAUACAAUUUUACUCGGAGCUGACAUUUUUGGACCUGAGCUACAACCACGUGUUCAACAUGCCACCGAGAACGUUUUUCUACCAGAAGAAAUUGACGGAGCUGCACCUAAAUCAUAAUAAGGUGGGCUCGAUAUCGAACAAGACGUUCACGGGUCUGGAAUCGUUGGCGAUAUUGAAUCUGAGAGGCAACUUCUUGGAUGAGCUGACCGAUGGUGUGUUUUUGGAGCUGAAGAAACUGGAGGAAUUGAAUUUGGGUCAAAACCGGAUAGGGAAGAUUGACUCGAAGGCAUUCGAUGGUUUGGUGAAUCUGAAGGUGCUGUAUUUGGACGAUAACACGCUGAGUGCGGUACCGUCUGCGGCGUUCGGGCCGCUGGUGGUUCUGGCGGAGCUGUAUCUGGGAAUCAAUUCGUUUUCGACGAUUUCCAAAGAUGCUUUUGUGAACCUGGAGAAGUUGAGUAGGCUGGAUUUGAGAGGUGCUGCCCUGGUGAAUAUUACUCGCGAGACAUUCAACGGACUUGAUGCACUGAGAGUGUUGGACCUUUCGGACAAUCGUUUGAGUCGGAUACCGACGCCAGAAUUGAAUCCAUUGACACGUUUGGAAGAGUUGUCGCUGGGUCAGAACGAUUUCGAUAGUAUUCCGAUGGGAGCAUUUGGCGGGAUGGUAAAUCUGCGGAAAAUAGACAUAUCAGGCUCCUUGAAGUUGAAUAGAAUCGAAAGUGGGGCGUUUUCAGUGAAUGCAAACCUGGAAGAAAUUGUGAUAGCUUCGAAUAAGGCGCUGACUGAGAUUCAAGACGGUGCGUUAAGUGGAUUGCCACAUCUUAAGAGGUUGGUGUUGAAGGACAAUGCUUUGACGACGCUGUCGGAUGGUUUGUUCACGUGGACCGAAAUAAUUGAUUUGGAUUUGUCCGAAAAUCCAAUCGUUUGUGACUGUAGAAUUUUGUGGUUGAGGAACGUAUUGGUGAACAAGAGCAACAACAGUCAGAACCAGACCCCGGUAAUUUGUGCUUCGCCAGAUCGGCUAAGGGAGCAAAAUUUGCAGACACUAUCGCCAGAAUUGUUGGGUUGUUCACACGCAGAUCCGCAACAACAAGCUAUUAUUGGCGCUAUUCUGGUGGCAGCUGCUGCUUUCGUUACAACAUUGGCCUUGGUAAUCUACAAAUGCCGAAGACGAAUCCGAGAAGCGGUGAAAGGCAGAUGGGGAAACAGUGCCAUCGGUCGGAAGGAACGAGAAUACCAAAAGACCUUCUCCGAGGACGAAUACAUGGGUCGACUACCAAACCCCUCUGCAAUGGUGGGAGUGCACACCACAACGUUGAACAACUACCAAAUCAACAACCACCACUCGCAUGGAAUCCGACACAUACCGGUAACGGAACUAUAG